GUGAGCCGAGAUGGGUGCCUACAAGUACAUCCAGGAGCUGUGGAGGAAGAAGCAGUCGGACGUGAUGCGCUUUCUCCUGCGGGUCCGCUGCUGGCAGUACCGCCAGCUCUCGGCGCUGCACCGGGCGCCGCGUCCCACCCGGCCCGACAAGGCGCGCAGACUGGGCUACAAGGCCAAGCAAGGUUAUGUCAUCUAUCGGAUUCGAGUCCGUCGUGGUGGCCGCAAACGCCCAGUGCCCAAAGGUGCAACCUAUGGCAAGCCUGUCCAUCAUGGUGUUAACCAGCUGAAGUUUGCUCGAAGCCUUCAAUCGGUCGCUGAGGAGCGAGCUGGACGCCACUGUGGAGCCCUGAGGGUUCUGAACUCUUACUGGGUUGGUGAAGAUUCCACAUAUAAAUUUUUUGAGGUUAUCCUCAUUGAUCCAUUCCAUAAAGCCAUCAGAAGAAAUCCUGACACUCAGUGGAUCACUAAGCCAGUCCACAAGCACAGAGAGAUGCGUGGGCUGACGUCUGCAGGCCGCAAGAGCCGGGGCCUAGGAAAGGGCCACAAGUUCCACCACACGAUCGGUGGUUCCCGCCGCGCUGCUUGGAGAAGGCGCAACACCCUGCAGCUCCACCGCUAUCGCUGAUCUGUGUCAUGUUUGUAAAGCUCGUGUCUAAUAAACCAUUCAGGACAGUCA